AUGUGAAACAAUCCUUACCGGCAUCAGAUUGCUAAGAUUGUUAUGUUAUGUCAAUGUACACUACAUUCAUGGUGUGGAAGCUUGAUUGUAUCAUAAAUUAAAGAACGUUCUACACAAUGGAUCUGAGGCAAUAAAUGAACAUACCUCAGCAAAGUGUUUAUCUAAUUAACACCGAUAAAUACAAAGUUUGGAAAAAUGGCCGAGAGGAGUCAUGGAGGAGAUGAAUGGAAUAUACCCAAGUUAUCUUUUGGAGAUGAAGCUUCAAUGACUGAUCUUCAUAAACUCAACUUACGGGACGAUGAUCGCUACUCUUCGACUGAGGAUGAUUUCCCCGGAAAAUCGAGCGACGAUGAACACGAACGAGCCAGCGAUGUUAGAGACGGUCAGUCUUUUGAUAAUGUCAACCGUCGAAGUACCUCAGGGAUUGUUAGAAGAGUGAGAACAGGACCAUCUACUUCAAGUGCAGUAACGGCAAGGAUCCAUUCAUCCGAACAGGCGCAGGUAGCUCUCAGCACAUCCAGCCCCGAUGAUGAUGAGGAUGUUGAUCGCAGUAGAAGCAGAGGAGUGCAUUCCACUCCACGAAUAGGACCUCCCCCUGGUACCUUUGGGGAGUUUGAAGAAGCACAAGCACCCAUACACCAAGGAUAUUACACAACCAGUGUAGUGCCGCCAACACCACGAGAGAGUAUGGAAGGUGUUGAAUUCAAUUCUGGAUGGAAGGAACAAAUUAAGAGCCCUUCAAAUGAAAAUAUAGAAGAUGAACCUCUGUUCUCGUCAUCUGAAAACAGCGACGAUAACAUAGAAGAAAACAUAGAAAUCCCUGAGAUUAUUUUGGCUGACACACAUCUUGGUCACGACAUUGUAGUGACCCAUCCUGUAACCUAUGAGAUUGGAGAUUAUUUUGCCUGUAGACCAUGGCCGCUAAGUCGACGUAUCUCCGAAGGAGUGGAUAUAACUCUUGAUUUCCAGGAAGUUACUUGUUGUGAUGUGUUUGAGGUUUACAUCAAAGGUGGGAAAAGGGGCGUGUUGCAGUUUAACCACAAAGAUAAAGAACACAUAAUCUUUUCUGUCAGAAUAAAGCAUCUUUUCCGUAGUGGAAGCGUAACAUAUGUUGCAAGAAUCAAGCAAAGCACUGGAUGGGAAUCCGUGUCAGCCGAACUUAAGAAUGAGAAAGUGACCUUUUCCACAACAGAACUGGAAAGUAUGUAUGUGAUAUGUUUUCCUACCAAAUCGCGACACAUAAUACAAAAACAAGGAUCGGAGAUAGGAGACAAAUCGGAGGGAGACAAACUUUUGUUCCCACCAAAUUUUGUGGACAGACCCGAACCUACUUCAAUUCAAUUUACCGCCGUAGAUAAAGAGGGCAUGGACGAACGAAACAAACUCUACCCCGACCUUUUCAAACUGAAGGCACUUUCCAGAAGAAUGUACAUCGAACAUGACAUUCUCCAGAUCUCAAAAUCUAUGCUUGCAACUUUAUCACUCGAGACAAUCGGUGCCAAAAAUUACAAUUUAAAAGAUUUGGAAAUCGUUUGUUUCCGAUGGAAAGAUGGAGAAGUCACACUGAUGUCACCGGAAGAAUGCAGUGCGCAGAUGGUUAAAGGAAAUACCGUUGACACACAGACAAAGGGUGUCGUGAAUAAAUCUGGAGUUUCUGUUGGGCUAGCUUUGCCAGGGUUCACAGAGAGACACGUGAACGAAAUAAAACUGGCCUACCGUGAUGAAUAUCUCUGCAAGUUCUUCAUGCACAUUAAAGUAUUGGGAGUAAGAACUGCGAUUGUUUCUGUUGAUUGUGUCAAACUUGAAGAUAUCCGAACACUGGAGAAAAAAUAUGUCACUGUAUUUAGGGUUGGUGUAUCAGACAAUGUGUACCUCCGAGAUUUCCAACGCAUCCGUAUUGACGUUUCUGGAAGUUCUUACAGGCAAAAUGAAUCUGAAAAUAGGUUUUUAUAUUUUUUCGCAUCAUCAGAAACCAACCAUCUCAACUUCAAAAUCAAUCAGCAUCAAGGUCUUGGUAUAUCGCCAUCAACAAUUUUGAAGUUCAAUAUCGAUAACGGGCCAAAAAGAGUAGUCAUUCAUCAACAGGACUUUGAUCCUUGGACUUUGCCGAUCGGAGAAAAGACAGAGGCAGGACAGAGAAAAGUUAACCAAAUAACACGUGGAAACACCAUGGUGGAUAUGUUUAAAUCCAAAUAAUGUAGAAUAUGAAAACUGUUUAGUGCUGGAAAAGCUAUUAGUAUUAAGUACAUGUAUAUGAAAAUGAACCUGUUUUAUCAAAACAAUCAACAGAUACAAAUACUGGUAUGUACUAUAUUAAUGUAAAGUGUUGUAUAAUAUAUUCUUUACAUGAAUAUAUGGCGAGUGUGUUACUAAAUUAAAAUAUGUCAUUAUUAACAAUGUUGUUCAAUAUGCAUUCCUCCAUAGUUAUCAUAGCUAAGUUUCUAUUGUCAAUGAAAAUUUGUGAUAGGCUUACAUCCAAUUUCUGGCAUGUCUGACUGUAUAAAAAAGAAGCGCAUGGUUUACAUGUUCCAUAUAACUGUGCUUGGAUUUCAAUUCAAAGUCUGUUGGAACUUCCAAUGGCAUGAAUUGUGCUUCUUUGUUAGCUGACCUUUUUAAUAUUCUUAUGAGGCAGAUUUAUCAAAAAUCUUCUACAAUAGAAGAAAAAAAUUAUCUUGCUGUGGCCUUCAACUCAACAUUUAGAUAUAUCGACGUUUCAUCUAUUAACAAUAAUCAUUUUCAUGUUCAUGUUGAUUCGAUAUAUCCCCGUGAACUCGAAAUAAAAGACACCACAGUCUUCCA